ACAGCCACCCAGAGCGGGGAGAGAAUGGGACUUUUAUCCGGGGCAGAAAUAAACACAGUGUCUGCUGCCUCUCGGGGUCUGUUGUUGUCUGCUUGCCUUGCCUUCAUCGAGCUCUUUUCUUGAACAGAAAGCGGUUCAGGGGAGGCUGUCGUGCUUGUUGCCAGGAGGUGGAGGAUUCUGCAGGUGGCCCUCGGCAGGGACAAGGAUGAAGCAGUACGCCGUCCUGUGGCUGUGGAUGCAGCUGGAUUGGGGCGCCCUGUUGAGUCCCAGUGACCCCAACGUCUGCAGUUACUGGGAAAGUUUCACCACCCCAUCCAAAGAGUCGUACGUGCAGCCCUUCACCCAAGUCUUCAGGGAGCCCUGUGACGCGACGUGGCCCCUUGGGAAGACCUGCACUCAGCACAAAGUCCUGUACAAGACAGCCUAUCGGCAAGGCGUGAAGGUGGACCAAAGAAGGCGCUAUCGCUGCUGCCAAGGCUAUUACGAGAGCACCGACGUCUGCGUCCCCCACUGCACCCACGAGUGUGUGCACGGGAGGUGCGUGGCGCCCGACCUGUGCCAGUGCGAAGAAGGAUGGCGGGGCGUGGACUGCUCCAACAAAUGCAGCGGCCUGUCCUGGGGGCACAACUGCAGUGAGCCCUGUGGAUGCCUGAAUGGAGGCGCCUGCGACCGCCCGGAUGGGGCCUGCACCUGCCCGCCCGGCUACCGAGGCCCCCUCUGCCGGGAGCCCUGCGCCCCAGGGACCUACGGCCAAGGUUGCCUGCUGGGCUGCCGCUGUGAGAACGGUGGUGUCUGCGACCGGGUGUCCGGGGCCUGCCUGUGCUCCCACGGAUUCUCUGGGCCGCACUGUGAGCUCCCCUGCCUCAACGACACCAACGGACUCUCGUGCCAGACCCCCUGCCCCUGUCAGAAUGGGGGCAUCUGCCACCCCCCAGGCACGGAAAAGUGUGUCUGUCCUCCAGGAUGGAUGGGUGCCAUCUGCUCCGUUCGGUGCCCUGAAGGGCGCUUUGGCUCGGGCUGCCAGGGCGAGUGCCAGUGCCACAACGGAGGCCACUGCGACCGUGACACGGGCCAGUGCCGGUGUGCCGUGGGCUACAUGGGAAAGCAAUGCCGCGAGGAGUGCCCCAUUGGCAAGUACGGGCAGGACUGCAGCCAGACCUGCGACUGCGCCAACGGCGGGCGCUGCUACCCGCUCAACGGGGCCUGCCUGUGCGAAUCGGGCUUCCACGGCAGCCGCUGCGAGGAGCGCAAGUGCCCCUCUGGCUUCUAUGGCCUGGGCUGCCAUUUGCAGUGCCUCUGUGACCCACAGCACACUCAGAGCUGCCACCCCUUCAGCGGGGAGUGCACCUGCCAGCCGGGCUGGGCCGGCCUCUCCUGCAACGAGACCUGUCCCCACGGCUACCACGGCGUCAACUGCCAGGAUCCCUGCCUGUGUCUGAACGGGGGGACGUGCGACAGCCGGACAGGGCUGUGCCUCUGCCCAGCGGGCUACCGGGACCGGCACUGCUCCAGCCGCUGCCCGGCCAACACGUACGGCGUGAACUGCUCCCUGCCGUGUGCCUGCCGGAACGCCCUGGCCUGCUCCCCUGUCGACGGGGCCUGUCUCUGCAAGGAAGGCUGGCAAGGAGCCGACUGUUCCGUGCCCUGCCCCGGAGGCACCUGGGGCUUUGCUUGCAAUGGGACCUGCCGGUGUGCCAACGGGGCGGCCUGCAGCCCCGUCAGCGGGAGGUGCUCGUGUGCGGCAGGAUGGCGUGGCCGCGGGUGCGAGGAGCCGUGCCCGAAGGGGCUCUACGGCUUGGACUGUGGCAAGAAAUGUGCCUGCCAGAACGCAGACGGCUGCGACCCGGCCACAGGGCGGUGCCACUGUCUCCCUGGAUGGACAGGCCUCGGCUGCGGCCAGAAGUGCGCGGACAACCUGUGGGGACAGCACUGCAGCCAGCUGUGUGGCUGCAAGAACGGCGCCACCUGUUCCCCCAAGGACGGCAGCUGCGACUGCCCCCCUGGCUUCCGUGGCCCCACCUGCCAGCGCCCCUGCCAGGCGGGGCGUUACGGCAAGAAGUGCUCCAUGACUUGCAAGUGCUCCAACCACUCCAUCUGCCACCCCGUGGACGGCUCCUGCGACUGCACUCCUGGCUGGACAGGCAGCUACUGCUCAAAGCGCUGCCCGGCCGGGUCCUUUGGGGGCAAUUGCAGCCGGCAGUGCCAGUGUGCGAACGAGGCCCCGUGUGACCCCGACUCGGGGAGGUGUUUGUGUCCCACGGGCUACACCGGGCGUCGCUGUGAAGACAAGCGCUCCGACCACCCCUUCACGAUGGUGCCUUCCGCCCCGGCUGGCUACGUCUCCCUGGGGGCUGUGAUCGGAAUCGUCAUCCUGACCGUCCUGCUGGUGGCCGUGGUGGUGCUUUUCCUCUGCUAUCGGCACUGGCAGAAGGGCAAGGAGAGCCGGCACAUGGCUGUGGCCUACACCACAGGGAGGACGGGCAGUUCGGAGUACGCAGUGCCAGAUGUGCCUCCCAGCUACACACACUAUUACUCCAACCCGAGCUAUCACACCCUGUCGCCCUGCUGCUCCCCAGGCCUUCCUGUCCCCAGCAUCCCGGACCAGCCCAGCCCUGGCAAGUUGACCGGCAACCAGCUUUUCCCCAGCGCCAAGAGCCUGGAGCGAGACUGGCCUGCCAUGUAUGGGACAGACUGCAACGCCACGCUGCCGGCGGACUGGAAGCACCAAGGCGGGGUCCCGGCGCUGAGCCCUGUGGGGCAGGGAGGAAGCCAGAUGGACCGUAGCUACAGCUACAGCUACACCAACGGAUUAGGGAAAUACCAGAGCCAAGCAGGUUACAGCCAGGCGGAGCCGCUGUGCCGAAGCGACAGCUCCCUCAGCAGUGAGAACCCCUACGCCACCAUCAAAGACUUGCCCGUCCUCACCGGCAAGCCCUCGGAGGGCAGCUACAUGGAGAUGAAGUCCCCGGUGAAGCGGGAGAUGUCCUACGCUGAGAUCGGCCUCUUUGAAGAGUCUGCCCAGAGCCUCGAGGAGGAAGCAGAUACCGGCUUGGUUGGUGCGGAGGGUGUGGUGCCGGCAGCUCCAGCGGUCCCCCCGAACCACUACGAUUCCCCCAAGAACAGCCACAUCCCUUGCCACUACGACGUGCCCCCUGUCCGGCACUACCCACCGUCGCCGCCGCUCCGGAGACAAGACCGAUGACGUGGGACGCAGGCGUCCUCGGGGGACUGUAUCCCACCCCACCCCUCCCGGCACCGGCCUCUGGCGCUCUUUCUCGGGGCCACGGCGAAGCAGAGGGAGAACGGGCAAGCCACUCUCCCACAGCCCAGCUUCUCUCUCGGCCCUGGGGAAUGGGGAGGAGGCCAGCCUUCGGCAUACGGACGGCCUCUCGCCGUUGUGGGGGCUUCGCUCGGUAAGCAGCUGCUUUCGAAGCCCACGCGCAGUCAAAGUCUCUCUCCCUCUGGAUCUGGGCCCUCGGCAGGGUUCCAAGGCGACUUCCCCACCCUUGGGCGGCAGUGAGUGUGUGUGAGAUCCCGCAGUCCUUUUUCUCUUUCUUUCUUGCUGGUUCUCUGCGAUAGGCGGACUGCAGUAGUCAGAGUCGCACACUGGCUAUUUCUCUCUGCAGUGAUAGCAGCUCUGUGUAUGUGCGCACAGUGUGCUUUCCAUUUGGCAAAGUGUGUACUAUUUCAACCUCGUUGCUUUGUCACAGAACCGCAACGCUCGAUGAACCUGGCGUGUUCUGUUGCUGAGGAAUCACGGUCGAGAUAUUCAUCUGAUAUCACGGUGGGGCCGCUCCCCAGUGGCAGAGCCUCUGUUUUGCACGCAGAAGGUCCCAGGUUCCACCCCUGCUCACCUCGUGGGGAAGAGCCCUGCCCCAAGCCCUGGAAAGAUGCUGCUCGUCAGAGUAGACAAGGCUGAGCUUGAUGGAGCAGAGGUCCGACUCGGUCCAGGACAAGGUGACUCCCAAGGCUCCUCGAGCUGGGGGUCUCAGUCCUCCUCUCUCCUGCCAGGCGGCCGAAAGCCUUGUUGGGUUCACAGGUUUGCUCACGCUAGAGGCUGCCGCCAUGGGCGUCAUGGUUUAGCGGGCAAGGAAGGAGGGGUUUUGACUAGGCGCAGGGGUCAGGUGCCCUGGGCUGCUGCAAUCUCCCGGGAACACCCCUUUCAGACAUGCACUUAUACAUGGGGAAAGCACAAGGGCCAAAGGGGUCUUAAAGACAAAGUUCAAUACCCCCCCCUUUUGUGCAUCUCUCCCCCCGCCGCCACAUUACUGGCUCUGGCUGACCUCCGCCCUGAGGUCCUUCCCCGAUUUUCUUGCCUGCUGAACAGCAAGGGGUGGGGUGGGGGUGGGUGGGAGAGAGAGUCUCCUCGACUUCCAAGGAUUUCUCAACCCUCAGAUGCCUCUUGGUUCUGGGGGAGGAGAGAGCUGCUGUUGGAAGUUGCAGUGGUGGCAGGGUUCUUCCCAGCCGGGAACUACAGGGUUAAUCUCUCCCUCCCCCCUUAGAGGGGAAGGGGUGGGAAGGGUUCCCUCUGGCUCCGCAGACACAGACCCUCCCCUCCCUCCACACAGACAGGCAUCUCAGCGAAGCUUCUGAUUUUUUCAGGAAAGGUUCCUACAGGUAGGAAGUCUGGUUCCCAGAAGUUUUUUGCAAGCUUUUUCUCUCUUGUUGCUUUUCUUUUUUCCUUCUCACUUGUGUGUGUGUGUGUCUCCCUCUCCUUCCUUCCUGUCUCUCUGCCUCUCUCUUUUCUUCUACUUUUCUUUCUCUUUCUUUUUUAACUUCCUCCCUUCCUAUUUUCUCUCUCUCCCUCCUCUUAUUUUAUUGAGAUCUAUUGAAACCACUUUUUGUUGAAAAGCAGUAUGUAAAUAUUCAUGGUAUUCUACUCAUCUUCCAUCCUCCCUUCCUUCCAGGAAGUUGCCCUAGAAUAAUGUAGUUGUUCUACAAAUAACAUUUGUUACUUCUUCUUUACUUCUUCUUCUUCUUCUUCUUUUAAACCCAUGGGACCAUUAGGUCUAGACUCUGCAGAAACUUCACUGCACCCCACUGGCUGACCCGGAUCAUCCCUAAAGCGGGGGUCAGGGUCUGGUCUAGCUGGGAAAGUGUACAGCUCUCUGAUAACCACAGAAGCUGGAGGGCCCACCACAUGCCAUGGGUCGGAUGGUUCUGCCACCCAAAUGCACCAAGGCAGAGACUACUUUCUGCACAACUCGCUGUCAAUGUGUGGAAAGGGUGGGCUUAAGAUUCUUAAGAGAAGUGGAUUCAGAUAUUCUUAGCAGGUGUCCCCCCACCGCCCUUGUUCUAAGGGAGGUGUUGCCAUGGUACAACCCAACGAGGCGAUGUAGAAAGUCAGCACUUUGCCCUGCAAAAUCCCUCCCCCCACCAUCCUCCAAUGGCACAGCCCUUGGUCGCACCAGCCUUUCUUCUUCUUCUCAGCAACUUUAUUUGGUUUCCGUCAGGAAUUGUGAGGAGCAUCCUAGAACAAAGGCCAGUCAUCUGCUGGCGGGCCUCUCCCUUCCUGCUCGCAUUGCUGGAACCCCCGCAGGCCGGCCGUUAGACGGUGCUGAGCUUGGGAGGCUCUUUCAGCCCCGGCCUGUUUCCAGCUUCCUGUCUGGGGUCUGCCCCUCAGUGUACAACGCUGCAGGUGUUCGGUGUGAAUAAAGUUUUGCACUGAG